GAUGAACAGUACGAUACUUUUUCUAUGUGUCGUUUCUCUAUUUUGAUGUUUCUACCCGUUCGUGUGCAUUACUUAAUGGAUGCGGUGGAUUUUGCUCGUGGGUCACUAUUUCAUCUACCUGUAUCUAUACCUACGAUUUGUCGACAUAGCUUGGCCGUUCCCAUUUUAAGAUGGUUGCUGACUUCGCCAAGUUGCUGCGAAUAAGAUCGUUCUGCAUAAGGGAAACGCCUUAUAGGAUGUAGAAUAUAGGGCUGUACUCAAAAGAGCACGACUUAAUCACUUCCAUGUAUCCCCUUAGUACCCACAUCGUGAAUAGGUGGACUUGAGACACGACAAGAUUCAUGCAAGGGCACGGUUCUUAGCAACAUGUGCAUCUCUAAAGUACACGGAGACGUUUGAUGGACUAACCACCCUUCGCUGAACAAACGGACUUUUGUUCUUGCUAUCCGCGAACUCCAACGCCACAAAUAUGCGAACAUCUUCCAACCAAUUGCACCAAGCUAUAUAUAACUCAUUCCAUCUCAGCCCUACGAUACCUGCAUCAACAAACGCCACUGGCGUAUGCUCUAUUUUCUCGCAAUGUGAACGGCCCGUGGCUAAAGUGUGCAGUUUGAUUAUACGAGAGAGUCUCGCUAGAAAGGGAAACAAAAGCGCCCCCAAAAUCUCGCACAUCCCUGUGUCCGAUCACGCACUAACGUCACUAUUCCAUCUUGAAAAGGCGUAUCAGACUACACCACUGGGGGCGUGGAGAUUAUAAUAAACUGGUAAGUAUAAGCAUUAGCGGUUCCACGAUUUGCCAGAAGCCGAGAAAUUACCAUGGAGUUUUGUGUGUGAUAAUGAUUUGUGCUGAUACACUUGACGUACCUGGCUAGUCAAACACCCCCAUUAGCAAGGUACAUACGAAGAGAACCCACGAUAAACAUCUAGUCUCUCUCCCUUUCUCUCCUCUACCUUUUCUUUUCUAGGGUGGAGGGUUCAGCUCGUCGAGUAUACUUAUCGGCUAUACCGAUCUCGUUUGCGAUCUGCAUAGCCAUGCUCUGCUCCUCCGCGUCUGAUAAGCCGAGGAGGUUCGGACGAUGAUGGAAUGAUACUUAAUCCCUCGCCAUCCCCGUGUACCCAACGCCCACCCCACCCCGCCUCGCCUCGCCUCGCGGAGGUAUACCGAGACGCUUCAACGGUCCCCAUGCCUCCCCACUAUCACAUAUAACCAGCACAAUAAGAAGAAGAAGAAGAAGAAGAAGAAGAAGAAGAAGAAGAAGAAGAAGAAGAAGAAGAAGAAGAAGAAGAAGAAGAAGAAGAAGAAACGUUCAAAACCAUGUCGUCUUCGUCGUUGUUCCUCGCCCAUCUUCUAACCCCACGCCAAUCCCUCGAUGAAAACGUCCCUUCUCCUCCUCCUACUGAUCCCUCGCAAACAUUCCUCGCUCCUCCGCCCGGCAUCCCACAUAACCCCGCCGACGACCAACGGACCCGGAAUAUCGCCGGCCAUGUGAUUUGUCUGAGCCUCGUUACCUUUGCGGUUGCGUUGAGGAGUUAUACGCGCACGCUCGUUGUCAAGUCUUUUGGGUGGGAUGAUGCGCUGCUCAUGGUUUCGUAUGGCUUGGCGGUGAGCAUGUCUGCGUUGAUACUUUGGAGCUAUGAGUUUGGCAUUGGGAGACAUGUUUGGGAUGUUCCUGUUGGCAUGAUGGAGCGGGGUCUUGAGCUUAACGCCUACGGAGCCUGGAUCUACAUCAUCGUAGGCACAACAUACCGCCUCGCGAUCCUGACCGUGUACUACCGCAUCUUCGCCAUCAACAAGACUGCUCGCACCGUGAUCCGCGUGGGCUACGUCGUCAUCUUACUCGCCAACAUUACGGUUUUUUUCGCCGUCGUUUUCGUGUGUAACCCGCCGUCCGAGGUGUGGAAAGUGCUGUCGCCGAGACCGAAUUGCCGCAACGGACGACCCUGGGCCUACGUCAACGGCUCGCUCAACGUGCUCGAAGACCUGUUCGUCCUCGUCCUCCCUUUACCAAUGGUGCUGCGCAUGAAGAUGCAGGCAGCGAGGAAGAUCAGGCUGCUGAGCGUGUUUGGCCUGGCUGUUUUUGCGCUCGCGGCCAGUGUAGUGCGCUUGGUGGAGACGCGGCAUUUGCAGACGACGGAUGAUUUCACUAGAGGGUUUGGCGAGAUUGGGUUUUGGUCAACUAUCGAAGUAAACGUAGCAAUAACAUGCGCAAGUAUGACCAUCAUCCCCGCCUUCCUCCAACACCACUGGCCGCGCGUCGCGAGCCUCUUCGCCUCAAAAGGCGACACCACAAUCUUCACAACCAUGUCGACGGCCGUUGUGAAGAGCAAACCCCGGACCGUUGUCGAAGAAGAAGACGAUGAUGAGAUGGAUUUGGGGUUGGGGGAUGGCCGGAUGGAGGAGAGGGAACGACUUACUGUUAGGAGGGAGACGGGGUUUAGGGAGGAGGAGGUGGAGUUGGAAAGUGUUGGGGAGCAGAGGGAUGAUGGUGGUGGUGCGAGACGGAUGGUCUGAGAAGGAGGAAAGGGGGAUGUAGGGUGUGUAUAUGUUUCUUCUUCUUCUUCUUCUUCUUUCUCCUUGGGUUAGUUAUUGAUUGAAUGUUGUGUUAUAUAUAUAUAUGUACAUUGCUAUUUAUUUUUUAAUACGUGUGACGACGUGUGGUGGAUUGUAGGUAUAAACCUUCUCACAGACUUCAAUCAUCCU